UGCUGCGUCUAUAUUUUACUUGUGCAGCCUUAUGAAAGCGAUGAAAACGUGUUCAUGCUUUGCAUUUGAUAAAAACCAAAGGAAAUACCCAGUAAAGAAUCAGUUGACCCAUAACUAGCGUUGAUGUACCGAGUGAAAAUUCUGCACAUGGAAAAAACAUUGUUUAUGGUGCCUCUGGGCCAUCUUUGGAUGAUACAUGGUAACGUAGUGUUUAUUUAGUUCAGUCAUAAGGGAGUCAAUGAAUAGAUUAUAUCUAUAUAGCUUUGUACGUAUUUCAGGGCAAAGGGGAAAAAUUAUUGGCCGAACAUCCGAAUGUGACAUCAUAUUUCAAGCGGAUCCAGCGAACCUUUUUUUUCUCGUGGUUGCGGGGAUAGCUUCGUUGCGCUUAAAAUACAAAAAAACCCUCCCGCCAUUCUCGCGUGCUUUUUUUUGUUUAUUCGUCUUUCACUCAAGUAAUAUGCGUUUGACUACUCCUGCUUUGACAACUGCUCUUCGUGGCGCUGCCUCUUCCACUCGUUUUACUGCUCAGCGUCAAGGUCUCGGCAGCAUUAGAACUUACGCUACCGAACCUGAAAAGAAGAAGGGCGGUAAUGGUCUUUUGAUGCUCACUCUUCUUGGUUUGGGUGCCGCCGGUGGUCUUUACUACAACCAGAACAAGCACACCGUCGCUCCCGUCUCGGCUGCUGCUGGUGCCGCUACCGCCGCCGCCGCUGACAAGAAGGAAGCCCAGCGUGCUUUCGACCCCAAGGAAUUCAGAGCCUACAAGCUCCAAACCGUCGAACCCAUCAACCACAACACCAAAUUGUUCCGUUUUGCUCUUCCUGAGAACACCGUGGCCGAUCUUCCCGUGGCUUCUUGCGUGAUCACCCGUUAUCCUAUUACCAAGAAGGACGGCACUCCUGGUUUCGUCAUUCGUCCUUACACUCCCACUUCGGCUGGUGAUGCUGAGGGUUAUGUCGAUUUCAUUGUCAAGGUCUACCCCGACGGUAAGAUGAGCAAGCACAUUCACGACAUGAAGAUUGGCGAUGAAUUGGAAAUCAAGGGCCCUAUCCCCAAGUUCAACUGGGAAAGCAGCAAUGUUGAAAACGUCGGCAUGAUUGCCGGCGGUACUGGUAUCACCCCUAUGCUCCAAAUUAUCCGCAAGGUGUUUGAAAAGUCCGCCGACAGCAAGACCAAGAUUACCUUGUUGUUUGCCAAUCAGACCGAAGAGGAUAUUCUGUUGAAGAACGAAUUGGAUACCAUUGCCAAGGAGCAUCCUGAACAAUUCAAGGUGGUGUAUGCUGUUGAGAAGCCUUCCGAGAAAUUCGAUGGCGUCAAGGGCUACGUGACAAGCGAUGUUAUCAAGCAGCACUUGCCCUCGCCCGAUACCGACAAGGCCAUGAUCUUUGUUUGCGGUCCUGACCCCAUGUUGGCUGCCUUCGCUGGUCCCAAGAACAAGGACAAGUCUCAGGGCGAAGUCAGUGGUAUCUUGAAGGAACUCGGCUACAGCGAAAAGAAUGUCUACAAGUUCUAAGUGCACUAAAUUUUGACUAUUUUAAUUUCACGUUUUGUACAAAAAAUAAACUUCACUGCUUAAAACGCACUCUAACAACA